AUGUAUCUUCUUAUUAUUCUGAUUAAUUUAUGUUGUGUUUUGAAAGCGAUCAGUAGUUUUUCACCCACAACAAGUGAUUAUGAUGCUUAUGGUCUUAAAAUAGCUGUCAACGAUGUUCUUUUCGUCGAAGUAAAUGGUAAUGCAGCAACAUUUCUUGUUCAAUUUGCUCCAUAUAAUUUUAUAAUUGGCCCGCUUCAAUGUACUAUUAAUUUUGAUGAUUCAACACAUUACGUUUAUUCAGUAGGCGUAGCACCGAAUUGCAAUACAACUGCGAAUCCUUACUUUUACUUCACCGGUGAAGUUGUAUCUUCUGAUUUUUCAAAUACUGAUAGUGCAGGACGUAAUGGAACAUUUAUUGGUGUGUGGAUUAAUCAAGAUCCACAAUCAGUUCAACAACAUAUAUCAAGCAGACAACCUUUAUCUUGUAAUCAUUUUGCAGUUGCCAAUCUUACAUUUAUUUCUUCAUAUGGGCAUCAAGAGUUUGCUGUCAUGGCUGUUGAACCUUAUGGACAGUAUGCAAUUGGAUUAGCGACACAAUUCGGUUUUAUUUAUCGACCUUUUUCUGGCACAACACUCACUACUAAACAGAGUAGUGCCAUUUGGCCAAACAACUCGACAUUCUAUCCAUGUGCUGCUGAUGCAAGUACUACAUUUACAAUUGUUGCAGGCUAUGUUGAAGGCUCAGUCAGAUCUCGAGUACGAGCUACACCUACGGUUUAUUUAAUAUGGAAUAGCAACCUUACUGUCUUAUCAACAUGGUCUUACAGUGCCACAAAUAAUUCUUGGCAAUCACGUUUAACUUACUCAAAUAGUAAUACUCGGAGUGGUCAAUAUACGAUGUCAGUGAAAAUUAAUUCUGAUGAUCCAACUCGAGUACUUGUCGGAAUGCCUUAUUUAAAUACAGUUUUUCUAUUUGUCAUCGGUAACAGUGGUACAUCGCUCACCUUGGCCAGUUCACUCGGAACUGGUAAUUCAGUUGGUUUUGGUAAAAGUGUAACUUGGUUAACAAAGUCACAAGCCGCUAUUCUUACUACAACUUAUUCGGCUAAUUAUUUAACAUAUUACUCGUCGACAGUUUAUUUAUAUACAAACUUAAGUGGUAGCAAUAUUCCUCUAAAACCAUCGGCUGUUUUUCCUAAUGCUCAACAACCAAUACCAUCGACGAUCAAUUCAAAAUUAAUUCGCAUGGUAUCAUCACCAUCAUCAAUUGCAGUACUCGAUAAAGACGGCGGUGUUGUUAUCGUAUUAUCUGAAGUCGCAGGUUCUUACGCAUCAACAGACACAACUUAUUCUCCCAUAGCUGCUGCAAUGCCUGUAAUAAGCCAUUCAACUACAUGCAUAGGAGGUACUUAUAAAUCAGAUGCUGGCGUUCAUCCUUGCACAUUAUGCCCAAGUGGAUCAUCAAAUUCAGGUAGAUCAUCGAAUCCAGGUGGAUCACAAAAUUCAGGUGGACCAUCAAAUUCAAGUGGAUCACAAAAUUCAGGCGGAUCAUCAAAUUCAAGUGGAUCACAAAGUUCAGGUGGCACGACUGGCACAGCUUGUACUCCAUGUUCGUCAGACGGUUUUUGCCCAUUGGGAGCUGUCCUAGAAAUAAAUAUGAGUUUAUUAACUUCCGUAUCACAAGCAUAUGCAUAUCCUCGUUCACCUGACUUGAAUAUAUACGAAGAUAUACUUCUUCAUAAUAUGUUUUCAAUCGGUUCAACUGGUCAUUGUGUCUCAGUUUCACCAAUUUUCUGGACAAUGAUGCUUAUCAUUGUGUUACUUGUUUUCUUGAUCAGCGUGGGUUGUAUCAGGUUGUGCGUUACAUCACAUGAAUAUGACCGAUUAUUCUUUACGAUUAAGAUGAUUUUUGAAAGAACAGAUCUUGUUGGUGAAGGUGAACUAUGGAUUGGCGGACUGGCAUCACUAGCUAUUAUUUUAAUCACAGCAAUGGCUUAUGCUUUCGCCCUCUCAUAUUUGAAUCAAUAUCCAUCAGAAGCAGUAGGACCAUCAAAUUUUGCCUGUGAUACUACUAUUCGAAACGCUCAAUUUGAAACAAAUCUUCAAGCUUUAGCUGUGCCCAUAUCUAGUGACCAGCAAGUCAUUUUUGAUUUAUUGAAUCAACAAAAUUUUACUCUAUAUUUACAAUUCAUCAAUACAGCUGCCACUUGUACGAGUCUUACAAUUUCACAAGUUACUGAUUCAGCAACAGUAUCUCUACGUUUCUUAUCAUGCUCUCAGGUAAAUGGCACACUGUUAGCAAGAGUGUUGUUGCCAGAACAUGACAUAAAAAUUACGGCCACGCUGAGUGAAGUUCAAGUUGUUGGUGCCAUCAUGGUUGGCCUGGACGGUCCAAGCUCAGAAACCGAGUUUUGCUCAUUAAAAGAAUUAAAAUUUCGCCAAUCAUUUUAUAGCCCAUCAGCGGAAACUCUUGGUCAAGCAGCAACAAUAAGUAUGGGACUCACUAAGGCUAUCAACGAAACAGGACCAUUGUCGGGUAGUGAUUCAUUUUUCGAAGGUAUAUGGUAUCCGACAUUCACGUAUAGUCUUAGUCAAAUGUUCAUAUCAGCUGACACGUAUACAAUGACUGCUAAUCUUACAUCAACUACAAUUACCAUUAACAUAGCUGAAACAUCAUAUUACAUAAAAAAUUAUCAAACACCUAUUGCCAAACAGGCAGAAAUUAUAUUUCGUACUCUCUUAUUUUCAUUUUUGUGUCUUGAAUUGUGUGCAACCACUUUUGUCAUUUGCAAGCUGCUUUUGAUUCCGAUCUACAAAAAGAUUUCUGCUCGUCUUUGUCCAAAAUUUAUGAAUAUUGUUGUGCCAAUACAUGAGAUGAAAUCGGCUCAUCAUUAA